GGCGAACUAUUUUUGUACGUAUAAAUACCCAUGUGUCUCGUCGAGGAAUGGAACUGAAGUUUGUUGAAUUGAUGGAAUCCCUUCCAUUCUGUGCGCAUCCACUGCAAGCUCAGUCCAACUCUACCAUGAACUCCCUUUCUUCCAAGCUCAGACCCGAACUUCACCACUUCAGAGUUCUCUGUACUUCUUCUUCUUCUCCUUCUUCUUCUUCUUCUUCUUCUUCUUCCCUUCGUUCUCCAGAAAUUCCUACAAGAACUUCUUCUUCGGUCCGGAAAAAGAGCAGCGGCGGAGCUAAAUUGAAGAUCGCCCACACUCAACUCAAGGACAACUGGUUGGCUUCUCUUUCGUGUCCUUUUCCUCUAGGUUACGAUUACUCCGCCAAUGCUAGCCCAGGAGACCUAAAUCCGGCCUCGGACUGUGUUAUUGGCGUCGAUCCUGAUGUUUCUGGUGCUGUGGCGCUUUUGAGAACCGACGAAUCGAUUUCUUCGGCUCAGGUGUAUGAUUCUCCUCACCUGCAAGUACUAGUUGGUAGAAGGAGACGGAAACGGUUAGAUGCUAAGUCAAUUGUCCAACUUCUUCACAGCUUUAAUGCUCCCAUUGGAACUAUGGCAUAUCUGGAGCAGUCAAUCCCAUUUCCACAGGAUGGAAAACAGGGGUGGUGGAGUGGAGGAUUUGGUUAUGGAUUGUGGAUUGGCGUAUUAGUUGGGUUGGGGUUUUCUGUUGUUCCUGUGCCAUCUCUUGCGUGGAAAAACAAAUUUGAGCUCUCGGGAAAGGAUACUUCUAAGGAUGACAGCCGGAGGAUUGCAUCUGAAUUAUUUCCGUCUCUAAGCCCUCUUCUGAAAAGGAAAAAAGAUCACGGGAGGGCUGAGGCUUUACUCAUUGCUGCUUAUGGAAAAGGCUUGAACUUGAAUUUGGAAACACCGUCCGUCUUAGAGGAUUCGGUAGCAUCGUAGAAAUGGCAGAUAGUCCUGGCUUUCCUCUUCCCAUGAAUUCAGGUUCAAGUUUGGCAUUGAAUGGAAUGACUGCAAAUAAUGGAUCUGAGUGCAUUCCCCAUUUGAUGAGAUUAUUUGCUUUAGAUUAUUUGAUUAAGGUUAACCAUUCAUUUUGCUUAGUUAGCAGUACCUCAGUAACCAAAAAAUUGUUGUAGACUCUUAAUAUGAUUACAGAGAUUGACAUAAUUUAACUAUAUUCUUUAAGGAGAGAACUAUCCUGCACUCUAUUGUUCACCAUUAAA